GGGGAGGGCGCCUCUUCCACAAGAUGGCGGCGCCCCGGCGCGGCGUGGCUGAGGGGAGGAUGAAGAAGCGGGGAGCAGCGGCCGGCCGGGCUCGGCGCGGCGGGGAGAAGCUGAAUCGGCUGCGGCUGGCGGUGGAGGAGUUCGUGAAGGCAGCCGGAGACCAGCCGCCGCUGCCCGCGUCGGUAGGGUCGGAGAGACCGAACCGAAAGAGCCGCCGGGAAUUGAGGAAGGAGAAGCGCAGGCUCAAGCGGAGCCGCCGCCGCCUGCAACAACACUGGGGAGACGGGGAAAGCCCCCGCUGCUCUGCCCGGCCGGCUCCUGCCGCCAGCCCCAAAGUCCCGGCGUCGCCUCCAGCCGCUGUAAAGCAGCGCCCGGAGCCGCCGCGGCAGCAGAAGGCGGUGCGGCCGCCGGUGCCGGCCCCUCGGCCGGCCGCCAUCUCCUGGUCGCGAAAAAGGGCGCUGCUGGAGGCCAACGAGGAGGAGGAGAAGGAGAUCCGGCGGCUGGAGCGGCGGCUGGGGCUCAACAAGCGCCGCAAGAAGAAAGGGAACAGCGGGGCGGAGGGGCUGCCCCAGAGCUUCGUGCGGGACGGGCUGGACUACGUGCUGGGAGUCCUGGGCUCCGGCGCCGGGCUCGGCGAGCUGUGCGGGGACAGCGACCAGGAGGAGGCACCGGGGCUGAGGGCCAGCAAGGAGGCUCCAGAGGAAGACGACGAGGAGGAGGAGGAGGAGGAGGCCCUGGGGGAGGAUGAAGAGCUGGAGGACGCCUCUGACGCCUCCGAAGGGGAGGAUGUGGAAGAACAGUGGGAGAGUGAUGGGAGCUCGGCCCCCGAGGGUGAGCCAGAGGCAAGCGAGCCCCCGGACCCGCAGGAGGAAGAGGAGGAUCAUAAUCACAGUGCUACGAAGUACGUUCCCCCUCAGGUGAGAAAAGCUCAGGAGACACUAGAUGACAAGAAAAGAGAAGAAUUGGGAAGACUGAAGAAAAUGGUGAAUGGUCUCAUUAAUAGGUUGAGUGAACCAAAUUUGUCCUCCAUUAGUGGACAACUGGAGGAGCUUUACAUGGCCAACAGUAGAAAGGACAUGAACGAAACUCUAACAGAUAUUCUUAUGAAUGCUUGUGUUACUGCGGUUGCCAUGCCUGCAAGACUGAUGAUGGAGCAUGUCCUUUUGGUCAGCGUUCUUCAUCAUACAGUAGGAAUUGAGGUCGGUGCUCACUUCUUGGAAGCUGUGGUGAAGAAAUUUGAUGAACUCUCUAAAAGUGAUGCUGAAGGGAAAGAAUGUGAAAAUCUGCUUGCCUUGAUUGCCCAUCUGUAUAACUUCCAUGUAGUUCAUUCCCUGCUCAUCUUUGAUAUUCUGAAGAAGCUUGUUAGCACUUUCACUGAAAAAGAUAUUGAGCUGAUUUUGUUUCUUCUGAAAAACGUGGGCUUUUCCUUAAGAAAAGAUGACGCAUUGGCUUUGAAGGACCUGAUCAGUGAAGCCCAGAGCAAAGCACACACAGCAGAGAAGAAUUUUAAGGAUCAGACUAGGGUUCGCUUUAUGCUAGAGACUAUGUUGGCACUGAGGAAUAAUGACAUGCGUAAGAUUCCCGGUUAUGAUCCUGAGCCAGUUGAAAAACUCCGCAAAUUGCAAAGAACACUGGUUCACAGCAGUAGUUCGGGAAAAGAAACUGAGCUCCGUGUCUCCCUGGAAUCGCUCCUCAAUGCUGAUAAGGUUGGUCGCUGGUGGAUCAUCGGGUCGUCCUGGAGUGGAGCACCAAUGAUUGAUAAUGCAAACAGCAAGACUCAGCAAAAACUGCACAUUGGGAAGGUGAGCUCAAAGAUAAUAGAGCUUGCUCGUAAGCAGAGAAUGAACACUGAUAUCAGGAGAAGUAUUUUUUGUGUAUUGAUGACAAGUGAAGAUUUCCUGGAUGCCUUUGAAAAGCUUCUGAAGCUUGGACUGAAAGACCAGCAGGAGAGAGAAAUUGUUCAUGUUAUCCUUUAUUGCUGCUUACAGGAGAAGACGUAUAACCCCUUCUAUGCAUUUUUGGCUGGCAAGUUCUGUGAAUACGAAAGACGAUUUCAGGUGACAUUUCAGUUUAGUAUCUGGGACAAAAUCAAAGACUUGGGCAACCUGUCAGCCACUGCCAUCACCAAUUUGGUUUCAGUGUUGGUUCACUUACUAAGGACAAAAUCAUUGCCGCUUUCAGUUCUCAAGGUGAUUGAAUUCAGUGAACUAGAUAAACCCAAAGUCCGUUUCUUGCGACAAGUAUUAAGCAUGCUAUUAGUCAAAACAGAUGCUGAAGAUGUUGGUGAUAUUUUUGGGAGGAUAUCUGACAACCCCAAACUGGGAACGCUGCGGGAAGGCUUGAAACUUUUCCUUACCCACUUCUUACUGAAAAAUGUACAAGCCCAAAAGAACGAUGAAGAAGCCAGCCUGUUAAAGGAAAGAGUUGAACUAGCAACCAGGUCUUUGCAAGCAAAAGAAUCCAAAUUCAAACUAUAGUCUUUCUCGAAUAAAAGAUAUGUAAAAACUAGGUUUGCAUGAAGAUGCAAGACUUUGUUAGUCUUUCAGACCCAAGUAAUUGGGAAUGAGGAGAGCCUUUUUACUGGAAAGGAUCCAUUUUUUGAUGGAAGUGGUUACUCUGCUCAGUGUACUAGUUACACAGAUUUAAUCAAAGGUGAUACGAGGCCCGUCUGAAGAAAGGGAAGAUGUUUGUUUUUUUGACAUGUCCCUUUAAGACUGGUUACUUCUUGCAGAUUAGAAUCUGGAGAAGAGGUUGAAUUUCUAUCAUACUCCGGUCAGUAGUAAUGUUCAGCAUUGCAUAUUCCAGCCUCUCAUUUAAAUCAAUUGCAGAAAACUGACACUGUGUUUUUAAAGAAUCAGCCUUAACCAAAGGCUUUUAAUAACUCAUCGGUGCACUUGCCUGAAGGAACGGGCCACUAGAUGGCAUAGGUACUGGUGAGUCAGUUACGGAAGAAAUCAACUUUUUUCUAAAAGUGUUGAGUUUCUCAGCUAAUUCUGUGAAUUGUUAGAAUAAAAAGACUUGAAGAUCUGACUUUGCCCAAUUAUGUUGGGUUUAAAGAUCACAGUAGAGUUUGAUGCUAUUUUAACUUGUUUUAUUCAGCUUUAAAAUUGGAAUUAUUAGUUGUACCUUCUACAAUAAUUAGAUUUUCUAGGCAUAAAGAAUAAUAUCAGUCUUUUAGUAAGAAAGUAUUUUAUGAAAAGAUUUGCUUCCACUUCCCAUUCAGAUGUCUUAAAAAAUCAUGUACAUUUUCUUGUAUAACACUCAGUUUUUGUCACCUUACCACUACACAUUAAAGUGAGAUUUCCUAAAGGG